AUGACAGGCUGCAUGUUGACUCCAGCCCCCGGCGGCCUGGGCUCUACUUCCUGCCUGCCAUAACUUUGCUGUACACAACACAGCAGGACAACAUUUGCACUAGCGACCCAUCUCACCUGAUGAACAAAAAGCCGCCUGCAACUGAUCAUGACACAGCAGGAGCAGCAGGAGUUCAUGGAGAGCCUGGAAGCGGCCCUCUCCUGGAUGCAGGCCAUCCAGGAGAGGCUGAAGGCCAAUGACAAUACCCAGGGGCCCCGUGAUGCCCUGGAGGCCCGACUCAGGGAGACAGAGAAAAUCCAUCAAUCGGAGCAUGAAGGUCGUGUAAAAAUGGACAUGGCGCUGGUGGCAGCCGAGAACCUUUUACAGAGCGGAGAUGAAGAGCUGAGGAACCACACCCACACUAAGCUCAAAGGUCUGAAAAGCCUGUGGGAAGAGACCUGCACCUACAUCAUCCAUUGUCACAGUCGGAUCGAGUGGGUGUGGCUCCACUGGAGCGAGUACCUUAAAGCUUACGAAGAGUUUGAGCUGUGGCUGACAAGGCAGCAGCGUAGCCUGGAUGUUGGGGUGGAGCUGCAGCUGGGGGUGAAGGAGAAGCUUUGGCAGGUGGACCAGCAGAGGGUGGUGGUGAGCGACAUCCACGGCCAGGCGGCGCUGUUGGAGAGGCUGCUGGAUGAGGCUGCCGCACUGCACAACAGAACCCAGGACCCCAGUGUGGAGCCCCAAGUCCAGGAGAGGCUGCAGGAGGCCUACAAUGAUGUCAGGGACAAAGCUGAGGAGCGUCUGUCGCUGCUUCAGAAGAUUGCUGAGGAGCACCAGACGUACCAAGGCUGUGUUCAGAGGUUCCAGUCCUGGCUGCUGUCAAAAACCAAGGAGAUAACUGAUCUGAUGGAGAGGGAGGAUACAGCUGAGAACAAGCUCAAAGCCUUACAAGCUCUGGACGACAGUGUGGCCAGCGAGGAGAGGACCCUUCAGCAUAUUGAGGGUGUGGCAGAGGCAGUGAGGAGCAGCACCUCUCCUGCGGGGGCGGAGGUGGUGGUGGAGGAGGCUGAGGAGCUGAGGCUGGGCUGGCAGAGGCUGAGGCAGGCCCUAUGUGAGGCUGAGGAGGGCCUGCGCUCCAGCCUGGACUCCCACAGUCAGUACAUGGCCAGGUGCCAGCGGCUCGGAGAAGACAUCGACCGCCUCAGGGUGCUAUUGCAGGGGCUGGACCAGCAGCUGGUGGAGGGCCGUGAGGCUGGGGACUGCACUGACUGCACUGAGGAGCAGAUGGUGGGCCAGUGGAGGAAAUACACGGGCGUGAGGAAUACUCUGGCAGGGGAGGAGUCCCAAGUGGAACUUCUCAAGGCUCAGCUCAAAGAGCUUUUUAGGUUCUCAGCGGACUCACGCCACCUUUCUGACGACGUCCUGGCGGUUGUCAAAGAGCAUCAGAGCGUGAAAUCCAGAGCGACCAGGCUAUGGUCAGAGUCAGAGUCAGGGCUGAGAAGCAUUCUCCAGGACCCGCUGCUGGUCUACGCCCAGUGGAGCCAUAUGGUCUCUCAGGUGUUGGAGGCUUCUGCUGAGGUCACUGACUUCUCUCACAUUGCCAUGCUGGUCCAGAACAUAGAGCGUCUGCUGAAGGACAGUGUCCAGCUGCAGGAGCGUUUGAGUCUGCUACAGGUGAAAGGGGACCUGCUGGACUCUGUGUUUGGUCCUGAGAGGUCUGAUGGUCUGCAGGGUGAGCUGAGUGCUGCCAUCAGGAACAGAGAGCUGCUGCACACUCAGCUACUGCAGAGGAAGAGCAGGCUACAGGGCUUAAUCUCAAGAACCAAGGACUUUGGUGAUGCGUACGAGUUGAUUCGCUCUAAGCUCACUUGUCUCCGAGAUCGACUGGUGGCAGGGGAUGGCCUCCAGCCUGACAUCCUGGCCAAGAAGAGUCAGUCAGACCAGUUCAGAGUGAUCCAGAAGGACCUGCAGGACUGUGAAGCUCACAUCACAGCGCUGGAGACUCUGGUCUCCUCCAGUCAGAGCAACAGGACUCAGUUUGAGAGGCUCUAUGCUGACUGGAAACAUCUGCACAAGGCAAUCAGGAUAAAGGUCCAUGAGAGUGAGGGGAACAUCGCAGAUCAUGAGAGCUUUCAUGACAGCCUGCUGAACAUAGAGAAGUGGCUGAUGAUCAUGAAGCAAAAGUUGGAGUCCUUUCAUAGCUCCUCAGGAGAAUGGAGCAUAGAGGGCCGCCAGCAUGAAGCUGAGAGAGCACUGGGAGAGUUUCCAGAGAAGGAGCUUCGGCUGCAGCAGAUGGAGGUCCAGGGUCAGGGGGUUUUGGAGAGGACUUCAGAGGAGGGACAGAUCCACAUUCUGCGAGACAUGAAGCGGCUACGAGAGUCCUGGUUGGCCCUCUACAGCAUGAGUCUCAAUCUUCACAGGCUGCUGAACAGCUCCACAGAGCAGACAGAGUCUGACUUAUGGAUGGUUGGAGGCCUGUCUGUAGACAGCACAUCCCUAACAACAGAACUCAGUCUGGGGGAGGAAGAUAGUCAUGUCAGGGCAGGAAGCUCCAGGAGCCAGAAAGGCCAAGAACGAGACCAGCCAGCAGAGGUGUAUGGAGACCUGGCUAGCUCUGGGCCUGGACAAGGAGAAGGCCUGGAGGGAGAGGCAGGGGAGGGGGUCAUGACAGGGCAGGAUAGGUGGAUCCAGGACCAUGCUGAAGGUCACCACAUACUGGCUGGACAAGACAAUGAACAUUUCAGUCCACCAAGGACAGACAAGGAUGAUGGGAACUCCUUUAAAGAAGCCAAACAGCCAUCUGCACUAACUCAACACACAAUGGGGAGCACAGGGAAUUACAAAUCCAGAAGGAGGGAGUUUGAUUCCUGGCUCUGCAAAGAGAAUGAACUCCUCUCCGGGAUCCUCAGCAUCAAGGGAGCAACACUCAGUGCCAAAGAACUCAAGAUCCAACAGGACACACUCAAAGCUAUGAGGGCAGGAGUGGCCUGGGGACAGGAGCAGUUCCAGCUGUUGCUCCAAGAAAGUCAGUGCACAGUAGCUGGUUCUGGGUCAGCAGAGGAUGUGGGUCUGGAGGAACUUCGUUACCGCUGGAUGCUUUACAAGUCCAAACUGAAGGAUGUGGGAAAUGUCAGGGCCAGGACCAAUGCUAAGAGAGUCCAAGCCGAACAUGAGGAGCAGGCCAUCGCAGCAAAAGUACAAAAGAAGCCUGGGUUGAUGCAGCGGGUGUGUAGGCUGGCCCUUCCUCUGUGGCUGCUCCUCCUGGCUCUGCUGCUCCUGGCGUUCCUGCUGCCCCUCAUGGAUGAAGGGAACAGCUGCUCCCUCUCCAACAACUUUGCCCGAUCUUUCAACAUCAUGCUCCGCUAUGAUGGACCUCCACCCACAUAAGAAACCUCUUCUGACGGCUCAAGAUACAGUAACAACUGAUAACACCCCUAUAAUGGACCAUGGCUUAUGUAGGAAAUGCCAUCUGUACUACUUGAGAUCCCACAUUCCCCUGCCCUUUGAUCAUCAUGCAUGACAAUAACAGACCACAAAUAAGACCAACCAACCUUUAGUUCAAUCUGAAGGCUGUGCAGCUUCAAACCCUCCGUUCCUGUGCAUCAAAUCUUGUACUCAUUUUAAAUACUACUCUUAACUAUUACUACUCUAAAACUACUCGUCUCACUAUCUAAUAGCUUUGCUAACACCAAUGAAUCGCUUACAUAUUUUUCCUCUUUUGAUAUCAUCUCAGCUAGGAUGGACUAAAGAGGAAAACCACAAUCUAGAGUAGCACGCACAUCUGCAAAUGUGAACACCAACCAUCUAUGCACUCUGCAUUUAAGCAUUCUUGACUGCAGCGCCACAUAUCAGCUCAAUUGGACCUCAAAAUCAUGAUCUUUUAUCUGUAUGUCAGACUACCUACCACACAGGAUCAACAAGAUUGCAAUUGGACUACAAAUACCAUGCUCAUUUUAAGAAUUUCCAAAUACUGUAACGUAUGACUGUAGAACCCUUACCAUCUGUAUGCCAAAGUAAUUUUCUGUCAUCUUUCAGUGCCAUGACUUGCUAACAGUUUAAAGGUAGAAGUAAGCUUCCGUUCAUCUAAACUUUAAAUAACUUUACUUUCAAAAUCAACAGUAGACUACAAAUCCCAUAUUCAUUGCCAGCUAGGAGUCACCUCUACAGCAGCUUGUUGCUGCCAACAUGACAAAAAAAGUCCUCAGGUUCUCAUUGUAACAAGACAUUUUUCUCAUUUUACUAAAAUGCAUUUCAUGUUAUGACAGGAUAUUGUCAUGUUUUAAUUACAUAUUCUUCUUAUUACUACAUACCAAAUUAUUCAGUUUUAACAAAAGCUUUUUUGGUUACAACGCAUCACUUUAUUAAGACUGUCUCGUCAUUACACAGAAUCAACAAAUCUUGUUAAAACAAUAGAUGCUUCUUGUUAUAAUCACAUACCAAAUAAUAUCAUUAAGAAACCUUUGUUGUUAUAAUAUGAUAAGUUGAUAUUUUAUUAUAGCAUGAAAACAAGAAAACGAUCCAGUCAGUGCCCACUGUGAGAACGCUUGCCUACAAUAGCUAGAAAAAUUGACAGUGACUGGUUCACGAUUUGAUUUAGUUCUACUUCAUGUUUGGGACAAGACAGAGAAGAAGUAGCAUUCAUCCCAGUUUCUUGUUAUAACAGCCUGUCAGCUUAUCAUGUAAUGAUCAGAAACCUGUGUUGUUUUCAAUUUUGUAAGAACAAGAGCGGUUUUGUGAUAUAACAGCUGAAAUUAUUAUAUCGUUAUAACCAGAAACAUUAUAAUUUAUAAUGUUACAAAUUUAAUAUUAUAAUGGUGAUUAUUUCGUGUGAAUCAUUAUAACACAAAAAUAUAACGUUAUAACAUGAGAUCAUUAUAAUGGGACACUCGCCUGGUGGUCAUUUGAUUUAUGUCAUACUAUAUAUUUCGGUUUGGACAAACCCAAAAUCAAUCAGUCAACGGAUACAAAUGUAGAACAUAUACCAGAGGAUUCAAACCAAAGACUACAGCAACAGAACUGGCCAUGAUACUGAAGCUAAUUCUGCAUUUCUGUUAAACUCAGACUCAUCUUCUAAGAAACAAAUGAUAGGUGUUAUUACACCCUUCGUGUGUUCCAGUGGUACUGCUUAAGGUAGGUAAUGCAACUCCUCAGCUAAUGUAGCAACAUUAAAUGCCUAGUUUAAAAAGAACUACAGAGUGAAGCUCUAUAUUUAUUCUAUAUUUUUUAAAUGACAUUCAGUCUUCCUCUUUUUUUUUAAUUUUUGAACAUCAAAAAAUAACGUGUUCUUUGUAUUAUAAAAUAAACCAGGACUGUCACUGUAUGUUCAUACUGAGAGCAAUUUGGCCAAUGCUAAUCCUCCUGCUUUGAAUGUGAGGAGAAAGAGUGUCUGUAGUUUGAAAAAUUCUGAACAGAAAACUCCUUUAUUUUCGUCAAUAUCAUGUUCACAUUUAUUUUACUGAUUUAAUGCAUCAAAAUAACUGGCAGUAAGUUAGCAAUCAGAAAGCAUUAAAGCCCCAGGCUUGCACAGUGCUUUGUUUCCUCAUCACAGUGUGGGCUGUACUACAUGGGCCUCAGUCUGAAUGUGGACUAAAUGUAGAAACAGUGUUGCACUCUAACAAAGAACAGGUCGUGACACACCCCUAGACUAGCUGAUGUUCCAUUAGCAACAUUUCAUUGAGGGUUUCUAUUAACGGUCUUACUGAAGACCUGAAACUUGUUGCUGGGGUUUACUGUACUUAUUCUAUGAUAAAUUAGUAACAAAUUCUGCCCUUGCUUCUAGAAGAUGAAAUCUUUGUGAUUUUAAAGUAUCAUACCCCAAUGCAACUGUUUAUCCCUUGUCCAUUAUACCCACCGAGCUCUCUUCUAAUGCCAUCUUUAAAACUGUUUUAGUUGUCCAUAAAAUGUUUACACCAUCCAGCCGCAGUUCAUUCUCAUAUAUCCCCAUUUGACUUUCUUCAGUCUGUCUUGCUGGUGAUGGAAAUUGGCUUGUGGGAAGUGGUGUUUUUUAAAGGCCACUAAAAACAGAAACAUUAGAUCAACAAUAGUAUUACUUUUUUUUUCAAAUUCACCAUCGCUGUCUACACAAAUUGAAUGAACUGCGUGAGAUCCUCUUACGCAGGGCUGUGCUCCAGGACUGGAGUUUUAGGCUUAUGCACCACAAAGGUCAUUUUGAUUUUGAGCAAGGUUUUCUUACUUCUUGAACAGAACCCGGGAGGUCCAUUGGUUCACUUCUGCUCUCAGUUGUGGAUUCAGGCUUUAGGAAGACAGUAUAUUCCAAAUAAAUGUACACUGCCAAACGAAACCGUUGGAGAGAGAAAGAGAGAAAUUGCUUGAUAGAAUGCAUGUGAAAAUAACCAAACUCAAACUAAUCUCCAAGCUUUUUGCACCAAAAUAGAACAAACCCAAUCCUAGACAGGAUACUUUGUUGGAACCUUUUGGGUGUUGCAGUCUGUCAUAUCUAAGUGGUCGAACACCAGUGAGUCAUGUUGCUCACAGUGUGGACACACAGACGUGUUUGAUUGAUUCAGUAUCAAUUUACUUAAAGCAGUAAACAUGAAAAUAUCAUAAUAACCAUGAUAGAACGGGAUCUUUAUUCUUAGGAUGUUGAAGGAUGAUGAUUGCUGACUUUUUCUGAUGGAUGUCAACUGAAGGUGUGUAUGUGGGCAGUCUGCUGAUGCAACUUUCCUCCUUCACAUUCUGUUUCCCACUCAGAUACGUUAACGUGUUACCUCAUGCAAACCACAUUCACUCUCUGAAAUAUGAUUGAGAAGGACUGUUUCAAUAUUUGUUUAAUAUUUUUCAAAUGUACUUUGAAGAGCCAAAAAUGCUCCUUUUAAGUUGAUUUUGUCUGUAGAAUGUUUGAGGGUACAUACUCAAACUUCUCUUGUGUUCUCGCAUGCAAGUUUAAGAUUUUUUAUACCUUUACCUUUAUCCUGUUAGCAGUGGUGUCAUGACAGCUAAUCUGCUUGUUUCAGUGAGGUUAAAGCCGCUUUCCUUUGUUCUUUCUGUGUACCUCUUUUUAACUCUACAACCAUCUCAUGACAGCUGACACUUUUCUUUUCUGAAGGUGCUAUUUUUGUUUGAGCAUGUUGAUUGGCCUUCUUCACACCAUAAACCACUAGUGAAAACAGUGACAAAGCAAUCUACCGUUGCCUCUAACAUUUUCUUAGACCACUGUGUGCUCUUGAUGCCAAUGCCUGAACUAUAUAACUUGGCAAUCAUCUUUUUUGUGCAAACCCAAAAUAACCGCUUUUUUAUCCCACAUUCUCUCUCUUUUAACACCACACGCACCCCUAAAAAUACACCCAAACACCUCCACACACAGUCACACACACACACACACACACACACACACACACAGUUAGUUUCCCUUUUUUGGCUGUGUUUAUGUGUGUUAUUGAUUUAUCAUGUUGCUGUGGCAACAGUGGCCAAAUCAGGUUGAUCUGUUAAGUAUUCUUAUAAAGCAACACUCUUUGUUUGCUGCAGCUUCACAAGUACUACAGCUUGUGUCUAAUAUCAUGUUAAAUUUGGCUGUUGAUAAGGACUGAUAGAGCACAGGCGAGGAGAUGAUUUAAAAUAUGUUACAUUUAGGAAUCGAAAACUCAUUCCCAAGGCAGUUUAGACAUAAUAGUAAAACUCCCAUAAAGAACUGAGCCCACUGCCAAGACGACAAGAUGUUCACAGUAUCGUCGAAAAAUAGCCUGUGCUUUUGCUGCCGCUGUUUCAAAAAUGUCGAGAACUAAAGACAUUAUAUAUUCAAAUUUAAUUCAGAGGCAACCCACAUAGCGUAGUCGUAAACUUUGACACAGAAUUGUCAUUCUGUUCACUCUCUGCUGCCUCACUUGAGUGACAAGCUAAUACAUGACUUCAGAUUUGUUGUAUUUGUUGUCAUGGUAACCUUCCUGUAAGGCAGUUGCAUUUUAUGAAGUUGACAGACAGCCUGAGCUUUUACCAACUUAUUACCAUCUGUGAUGUCAUGUCCAGAAAUGCUUUCUCAGGACUCCGGAGACAUUAUUAUCUGUUCAGCAGGGCUCACUGGUUUCAUCAGUUUGGACAGAUCGAUACACGUUUGUUAAAUUUGGAUGGUCAUUCAUAAGGUAGGCCAGUUUUCAUGUUAGAUGAUGUUUUGACCCGUAGUAGGUAUCAGGCAGUGCUGUCAUAAAUCUGUGGAGCCCUCUGGCAGGUGCAACAGCAUUCUCUAACCCUGACCUAACUUAUCUUUAAGCUGCCUUUAAAUCCUACUCUCACCCAAGCAAAGAGCAGAUUCUCAGCAGCUUGAUCCAGCCCUACAUCCACAGUGAAUCUGCUAAACUACACUGGCUUGAGAGGGAGUUUCAUCUAAAUGCCAUGGCGCGCUCAGUAGUCCAGCCACUAUCGGUCAUUAUCUCCACAAUCCUUUGCUGAGCAAAGCGUCAUGUACGGUGCAAGAACCUAGGUUUUCCACUGUAAUGUGGAAACAGCUUUAUAUAGUCAGUCCCAAAUCUGUGUAGAGACUGAUUUCAUCUGGUAAAGAGCAGGAACUGAACUAUUUGCUACUGUCUCUGCUUCCAAGUCAUGUCAUUGUAUUCACACCAUGGAGAAUACUUACUUACCUCCUUAAUGGCUGGCAGGUGUCUGUUAAAACUUUAAAUCAGGUAUCUCAAAGAAAGUUCUGGUCAACACUGUGAACACAGUGGUUUCUGAGGUUUCCUGAAAUGAAAAUGAUACACAAGGUGAUGGUGAAGAGGAUGUGAGGCAUCUCACAGGUUUUGUGUUGGCAUUAUUUUAAAAGUGUCUUCACAACGUAGAACAUUAACGUUUACACUUAAUAGCGCGCAAAUGAUUACCACCAAUCCCCUGGUGUGUAUGGCAAAACUUAUCCGUAUUACUUAUUUUGAUGAUGUGUAAAUAUGCUACAUGCAGUACCAUAUAUAAUUGGAGGCAUACAGCUGUCGUGGCCUUAAGGCUCUCUACCAUCCAGUUAAUCAGCUGUACUCGGUUCCGUAACCUUAUGUAUUUAUGCAGUAUGCAGCUUUAUAAACCACUUACAGCCAUUGUACUGUAUAACAAUUAUAUAAUAUAAUAUAUAUAAUAAUAUAAGGUACGGUUAAACCUGUUGAUGUCACAUUGCUUACUGUAAGCGAUGUAAUUAGACUCCAUGGUACUGCUGCUUAUUGCACUGCUCCACUCUGUCUUCUAUUAUGAUGCAUGUGUCCCUUUAGAGAAACCUAUGCAGUGGCUGGCCGACUCCUCCAUAAUUACUGUAUGCGUCCAUUGUAACCUCAUGCAACAUAUAAAAUUACUUGAAUCUCCUGAGUACAACUGGUCCUUGUGUGACCAACAAGCAGAAGAAAAGCUGUCAGAAUUGCUGCAGUACACUUGUUAUGCAAAAAUGUCCUAAAUGCCAGUCUGCCCUCAGAUGUAGGUAUUGAUUAUGAAAAUGCAUAGAUUAAGAUUGAAACGUGGGAGAUUUUUUUUUUUAUAAAAUGAUACAAUUCUAUUUUAUUAAAGUUGUGAAACAUAUACUUCAUAUUAUUCAAGAGAGCUUGUAUUUAACCAAUGUUUUUUUUAUUCUGAUGAAAUAAAAAUAUA